AUGAGUUCUCAACUACUCUUCUCACUGGUCCUUCUCCAAGUAACUGCUCUCGGAGCUCUCGGUCAGCUCUGCACCCAAUGUCCCAACGUUGUAAAUGUUGUGAACGAAAAUGUCAAGUUGAUCUUCAACAACACGAUCAAUGCAGAUGGCUGCAAAGAGGUCACCAUGACAUGCAUAGCUGUUAAACCAGAUUGCGCGGCUAGAGCUAGAAUUAUGACCAAGGAUACCAAAGUAAUUCUCAACACUGCCACGGAUUAUGAGGGUACAGUUGCUGGUUUUGGCGCGAUUGUGUGCAAACAACAGUCCUCUACGUCAGCCGAUUACAAUUAUAAUGGAACCUGGAACGUUGAAUUCACUUGCAAAGAUCUUUGCGAAGGUACUGGAGGAUCUGGAGGCGGUGGUGCGGUGACCAUCGAGGAGACCACUGAGGAUCCCACUACCAAGAUGCCGGCUGAACGCGGAUGCAAGGUUCAGAAAUAA